GCAGGCAGCGGCCUUGGGCAGGGGCUCCGGGGCAGGGGCUCAGACCCGCUGCCAGCUGUGUGUCCAGGGCCGUGAUCUGAGCAGAGGGCCCGGGUGGGACCUGAGUGCUGCCCAAGGGCUGGAAGUGGAGCCCCUCCCUGACUCAAAGACGUAAAGCCACAAGAUGUCACCUAGGCAUGCCAAGGGUGCCCUCCCCUGACCUGAGGCAGAGGCCACUGUGCGCCCUGGAGGAAGGGACGGAAACGUGGAGGGCGGGCAAGGCUUGCUGUGGCAGGGGGCGCAGCCCCGGGAAACACGGUCCCACAGCCGGGCUGGAGGUCUCUGUCGGCGACCAAGGCCAGGAACGGCCUUGGCUGAGGCCCGUGGCCACGGGAAACCCCUACGUGGGCACCGGAGGCCUUUGAUGCUGCUGACCGUGGCAGUGGGUCUGAGACGCCAGCCUCCCAGCCCUGGGCUCGGGAGCAGCCUCCCCCAGCAGCGCUUUGGAAGCCAGCCUGGGAGACCGAGCUUCCCCCACCACCACCCCUGGGUGCUGCUCUGCACUGGGUGGCUGGAUGCCUCCGUGAGGCCGGAAGGGGUGGAGGCGGCAGAAGCAGAGGUUCUGGGGAGAAACAGGCUCCAGGACGGCAUCACACAGCCGUGCCAGGUGCCAGGCCAGGCCUUGGGGGCCAGGCAGCGCAGUGGUGGAGGUGAGCAAGGCCGCUGCCCUGGGGAAGCCCGGUGAGAGAGGCGCUGCUCCUCCCACGGUGCGCUGAGCCGAGCAGACCCCGGCCCUGUGAGAGCUGACCCUCGUGGGAGACAAGCUGAGUAAAACACAAGGGUCGUCCAAUGGCGCUGGUGCCACAGAGCAAAAUGUGACAACAGAGAAGCAAACGCAAAGCAGCUGCAGAUUAAAGUAAGCCAGGAAGGAAACCAGCCAGGGCUGAGACAGGAACUAGAAGAGAACACAGGCUUGAGAAGGUGCGCAGAAGGCGACCUCCGGGCUGAGAUCUGAAGCAGGGGAAUGGGCAGAGUGGAGGGAGGUGAGUCCCAGGCAGCGGGGAAUGGCACAGACAAAGGUCCUGAGGCAGGAAGGCACCUGCCAGAUGGAGACCAUCAAGGACGCCCAGAAGUCUGAGGCACAGUUCCAAUGGAGAGGCGAGGCUGGACGGACAGACAGAUGCCAGGCAAGGUGCUCGGGGACCUGUAGGGUUUAUGACAGCGCAGUGGAGACCCCGAAGGGUUUGGAGCGGGGCUCAGCAAGCUGCUGUGGCUUUUGGGUGUUAGCCCAGUGCAGAACAGCCAAGCCUGGGGCGGGAGGGCUGAGGUGGAAGCCGAGGCCAGCUCAGAUGCUGUCACACCUGUGCAGGUGAGAGGUGAGGGCACGGCCAGCGGCGAGGGCGCGGGGCAGGAGUGAGAGGGCGGAUGCUCUGUGGUCUGUGCAGGAGAUGAGGUGACCGGAGUUGUCAAAUGGGGGGGGCGGGAGCAAGCCGGGAGUCAGGGAGCACUCCCGGGUGUGAGGUGAGCAGCUGAGAAGGACAGAGGGAGGCUCGGAGGGUCAGGGGGACCACGGGGCUGAAACUGGAGUCAGUGGGGUCGGAGAUGGAGGGCCCCAGGUUCACACACAGGGGCUGCCUGGCAGGCGGCAGGUAGGGAAGCUGACUGAGACACUUCUGAGCAAUCAGCAAAGAGCCGCCCGGGACCCACAGCGGAGAGGCACGGAGUGCGGUGGGUUGGGGUUCGAAUCCCAACACUGCCGCUCGCUCAGCUGCAGCUGUGGGCACCUGCUGUCCCCCCAUCUCCUUGUCUGGGAGCUGGCAUCGUGCGCAGGCAGAGGGAGAAUCGAGGCAUAGCGCACAGUGGGUCCUAAAGUAUCGCCAACCGGAGCUGCUGGGGCCCGGGGAAGGCAGAGGGGUCCCUGUCUGCUCCUCCACAUACACUCUUUCUGCACAGUGUCCUGGGAGCCGGGGCUCUGUCUGGGGAUACUGGCAGGGAGUUUAACACCCAGUUGAUCUGGAUUCAAGUCCUGGCUCUGCCUCUUGCACAAGCUGCAUCUGAUAAGGCCAGUGUCCUCCCCUGCUCACGGUACCCGGGGGCCCCGGACCUCAUCGAGUGCCCGUGUGUGCCAGGCUCUUGGCCCCCUGCCUGAUGGUGUACGCAGAGACACAGGCAGUCAGGGCACCCAUGAGAAAAGGGCACUCCCAGCUUCCCAGGGCCAGAGACCCCCGCCCCCACCCCAUCCGUUCCCACGGCCACACCCACCGCCUCUGUCUCCACUUGUGAACCCGCAGAGCCCCACAGCCCGCUCCCUGACCACAGCCUCCCUGCGUCGGACGCUGUGGGUGGCUCUGCCCUUCCUGUUGCUCCACCCCGAGGACACUGGCCUCCCCGCCAAGUCCCCUCCAUCCUCGCUCCCUGCGCCCAGUGCCCACUCCUGCCCUCCGCUGCCCUCAGCCUCCCGAGCCCCCACCUGCCCAGGCGCCCCCUGAGAUCUGCUAGCUGCCAUCUUGCCGGAGAAAACAGAAACCACUGGAGGAGCCCGGACUUCCUGCCGCCUGACUCACACCCCAGCCGCCCUUUCCUCCUUCCUUCCUGCAACAAUGGAAGAGGUGUCUUUGCCCUUGUCUGCUGCUAACCCCACCGCUCGGCUGCUGCACGCCCCGCCCCAUCUCCCGGGGGCCAAGAGCUCCUGCCUGGGCUGGGAGGGAGGCCACCUCUCAGCGUUGUGCAACCUGGUCAGUGACCCAGCUCCGUCUUGUGAGGGCCACAGAGCAACUCAGGGCCGCCCGCGUUCUCACGCCGUGAGGGAAGGAUCGUGAGUUAAUCCAUCUGUCACACGUUAAAAUCCUGUUGGACACAUGCAAGCUUGGGGGAACGGAGCCUGCUCAGCAUCCUCCCUCCUGACCCUGCCCUUGAAGUCUCCAGCCUCUACCUCUGUCCCAGCUCCAUGCCUCUAAGGGUCAGGGUCUCUGUGUGAGUGGCCUCAACCCCUGGUUCUCUUGUGGCUUCCUUCUCUCCCUCUGCAUCGCUAACCCCUAGCCAGCCCUGGGAUGUUCCUCCUGCUGUCCGCACUCCAAGUCCUGGCUGUAGCCAUGGCUCAGAGCCCAGCAGAUGAUAGCAAGAUAAUUGGUGGCUAUCCCUGCAUCCGGAACUCCCAGCCGUGGCAGGUGGCUCUUCUGGCUGGGGCUGGGCGUCGGUUCUUGUGCGGAGGGGUCCUGUUGUCAGACCAGUGGGUCAUCACGGCCGCUCACUGUGCCCGCCCGAUCCUUCAUGUCUCCCUGGGCAAGCACAACCUGAGGAGGUGGGAGGCCACCCAGCAAGUGCUGCGGGUGCAGCGCCAGGUGCCACACCCCAGCUACAACGGCAGGACCCACGACAGCGACCUGAUGCUGCUGCAGCUGAGGCACCCAGCACGCAUCGGGCGGGCAGUGAGACCCAUCGGCCUGGCCCAGUCCUGCGCCAGCCCCGGAACACCCUGCCGUGUGUCGGGCUGGGGCACCACAUCCAGCCCUAUUGCCAGGUACCCCAAUGCUCUGCAGUGUGUGAAUAUCAACAUCUUCUCAGAUCAAGCCUGCCAGCAGGCCUAUCCUGGUGCCAUCACUGCCGGAAUGGUCUGUGCUGGAGUCCCCCAGGGUGGGAAGGACUCUUGUCAGGGUGACUCUGGGGGACCCCUUGUGUGUGAAGGACAGCUCCAGGGCCUCGUGUCCUGGGGGAUGGAGCGCUGCGCCCUGGCUGGCUACCCAGGGGUCUACACCAACCUGUGCAAGUACCAAAGCUGGAUCCAGAGAACAAUGCGGGGUCAAGGACCAUAGGGUCACUGUUCAUCCGUUGGGUUGGCCCUGUGUGUGUCCCCAGCCCUCCUCCCUCGGGCCCGGGGCUUUGGCCCUGCAUCCUCACCCUCACUCCCAACUCCGCCCCCUUUCCCAGAGCAGUUGUUCAGGUUUUCCCUCCCUACCCCCACAGUGGCCCUGACGUUGCGCAGGACCCCUUGGGCACAGCAGGGAGGAGCCCAAGCACUAUCCUCACAUCGUACCCAUAAGAAGACAAUUCUCAAAACUCUUCCUGUCUCUCAAAACCAAGCAAGGAGCAAUAAAAGCCGUACAACCCCUAA